AUGGCGCCGCCGCCGUCGUCAUUGCUCCGCGACCUCCUCGCCGCUGAUGGCUUCAGGAACCGUCGCAAGCCGCCUGACAGUAACCCUCCCGCCGCCCCAAGGACCUCGAGCAUGCCCCUCCAGCACCGGCGGCCGAGCAGGCCCGCACGGUCGCAGUCCGACGUCCUCACCCGCAGCCUCCUCAGAGAAACAAACGACGUCGGUACUAGCGGUGGCAACGGAAUCGACGUCGCCGACGAGGAGCAGCAGAACGCGACACGGAGGUCGUCGGCGUCGCUGACGAGCGCGAGGAGCUACAGCAACAACAAGGACACUAUCAGCGGCGCCACGAAGGGCUCGGCCGCGAUACCAGCUCUCGACGAGUCCGUGCUCACCGCGCUGAUCGCCCUGGUCGCGGGAUCUGUCAAGCGUUUCGUCAAGGACGAGGGCUUCCGCGCGUCGCUCCGCGGCGGCUGCAUGUCGUGCCUCGGCGAGUCCAACCACCGGGCGGUCCUGGACCUCCGCGUGAUCGUGCACACCGUCGAGAGGGCCGCGAGCGACGGCGGCCUCGACCCGCGUGACCUGAAGCGCGCGUCCCUCAAGCUGCACGCUAUGGUGUCCCUCGACUCGAAGGAAGCGGACGCGAUCACCGCGGCCGGCGUCCCGCACCACCGCCUAGCCGCGUGCGCGCACCUCUACAUGUCCGUCAUCUCCAAGCUCCAGAAGAAGGACCACUCCUCCGCGGUCCACGUCCUGGAGGCCUUCUGCCUGGCGCCGCACGAGGCCCGCACGUCCAUGCUGCCCGCGCUCUGGGACAGGCUCUUCCGCUCGAGCCUCUCGCACCUGAGGGCGUGGCGUGACAGCGAGUCGGCGGCGGCGGCGAGCUCGGACACAAAGGUGAAGGACGUGGAGAAGAAGUUCGUAGCGGUAGUGGACGACGGCACACGUGCGCUCGCAUGCUACUACAGAGAUUGGCUUCUUGGGCGCACCGAAGUUAUGUCUCUCCCGGUUGUACCAGCUCCUCCCAGCACCGUUCCUGCCAGCGCGCCGAGGUUCUCGACGUCGACGUCUUACGACAUUGGUUCCGAUGUCGCUUGCAGCUCCGGGAGUUAUAGCCCAGCUACAAAGUUUGCGCUCGACGAGACUCCACUGCAGUUUGAUCAAGAGGAAGAAGCAGUGGUGGGCGAGAAGACAGCAGAUGCAGAAAGCGUGUUCCUCGAGUGCGAUGAUACUGAAGCAAAGAGCCACACUCACACAUUUCAGACACAGAAAAACGAACCCAUGUCUGACGAGCUAGCCAAGGCAUCUGAACAAGAGACCGGAGAUGAACGGAGCAGACAACCAGAUGAGUCAACGAGUUACGUGCCAAUUUCUGAUAUCACAGCUAACGAACUUCCUACUCUCGAAUUCUGUGAAGUGCCUCUCCAGAGUGAAACAGAUGUCAGUCAAGUAUCCAUUUUUGCCACCAUUCCGAACGACUUCCUCUGUCCGCUGACGAGGCAGAUCUUCAACCGUCCGGUGACAAUUGAGACAGGGCAGACGUUCGAGCGGCAUGCUAUAGUGCAGUGGUUUGACAGAGGCAUCAAGAUGUGUCCAAUUACAGGCCAAGAACUUGAGAGCCUGUCGAUUCCAGACAUAAACCGUGUGUUGAAACGCUUGAUCGAUAACUGGAAGUCCGAAAACUGCAAAACCCUGGUCUCUGAAAGCACAUAUCCUGAAGAGAAGUUAACUGUAAGAGUCAUGCGGAAUGUCCUUUCUGCCGAAAGGAAGACGUCUGAAAAUUCUGAGAAUACACGGUAUCUUAUGGCAAUCGGUGGCAUAGACUUUCUUCUGCAUAGAUUUCAUGGAGGAGGAGAAGAGGAGAAGGCACAAGCAGCCGAGCUCCUUGUGCUCUGCAUCAGGGCAGAAGGCAGCUGCAGGAAUUACGUGGCAAUAAGGCUUAGUAGCUCAAGUGUGGUGCAGCUUAUCCACAGUGAGGUGAUUUCAGCAAGGAGUUCUGCAGUGCGUCUGCUCAUUGAAUUGCUUUGCCUCAGAAGAAGGGAAAUGGUUGAAUUGUUCCUACGCGGGUUGCGCACAGAGUUGACAAUGGAAACAAUGAAUCUGCUACUCGAGCAUACCCGAAGUUCGUCAGUCGAAGAACAAGCGCUGGGUGCUGUUCUACUACUGCAUUUUGAUCGUGCAUUGGUCGAGCCGCACAGAGACAGCGUAUACAGAGAAGAGGCUGCCAAGAUCAUCACACAUUCUCUGAGAUGCUGCCUGUCUGAAGAAAAUGCCGUUGCCAACACCCGGAAAGCACUGCUGCUACUGGGUGGGCAUUUCUCCUUCUCAGGUGACCUCCUUGCAGAGGACUGGAUACUGAAACAAGCCGGCUUCGUCGACGGCUCACGUGGCACGCAUGCCGAUUCUGACGCUGCCGUACAGGACAAGGAAGGAGACGAAGACGAGGCGUGGCUAAGGGACGUGACCGCGGUGCUACUCGGCCGCGGGAGGAGGCCGUUCCUGGAGGCGCUGUCCAUGUGCAUGGGCUCCCCCGACCACGGCCUGGCUGCCGCGUGCCUGACGACGGCGGCGUGGCUGAGCCGAUCGCUCCAGUCGAUCGACGCGACCGACGUGCAGCUCGCCGCGUUCUUGGCUCUCAUCCCGCGGCUGAAGCAGUGCCUGGCCGCCGGCGACCAGCCGCAGACUCGCCACCAUCGAGUCCUCGCGUCCGUGACGCUGUACAACAUCAGCAAGAUCCCAGACUGCAGGGUCCUGCUGAUGCUGCUGGCUGACGGCCUUCGCGAUCACCUGGGCGAGCUCGCCGAGUUGACAUGGACGGCCGGUCAACUCAUCGCCGAGCUCCACGAGUGACGUUAACCUCCGGAUGCAUGCCCAGCUUACGCUACAUGCGGAAACAGUUUUUUAGCGGACGUCCCCGGCGCCUCUCGUCUUCGCGGAAGAUUCAGCAGACGCAUGCGGCCGGAUGGAGCCAGCUGAUUUUCUUGACCGAAUCCUCUCUGAUCCAAACAGUUCUCCGACAAAGACGGCAAGUCGGCAACUCUAUGUAAAUUUUAAUGUGUACGAUAGAUUAUAGUAGUGCCUUGCUUUCUCUGUUCUGCAAAAUAUUCGACGUGCCGGCUGCUGUGAAUAUAAUAUGAUACUCUUGUGGUAUUUUUUU